GCUUGUCCCAGCUUGUCCCGCCCUUCCGCUCUCGGGACUUCUUGCCAGCGAGGCGACUUGCGUUUACGUUAUCCCACACGUCGGACAGGUUGAGUUUGAUUGACGAUGGGUUGGUUACAAAUUCUCCGUCUCGCCGCCCUCUCGUUCGCCGUCCUGAGCGGUAUCAUUGUCGCGUCCCUCAGUGCGCACAUCACCGCGUUCAUAGAGGAGAACUUCGCCACCUAUUAUGUCUACGCUGCACUGGGCAUCGCCACGGGUGGCCUCACCUUCUUCACGGUCCCCGUUCUACUCCUCGUCGAUUUCCUCCGCACGGGAGCCUUCACUUCGUACAUUAUCGUGGAGCUGAGCUGGUUGUCUGUCCUCUGGGUUCUGUGGCUUGCCACCGGUGCGCUCACCGUGAACGACACCGCCGCGGUGGGCGUCUUCCAGUCAUGCGACUACAUCUUCGUCUGGAUUAACCAGAUCUGCCACGAGACGCAAGCGAUCGAGGCCUUCUCAUUCCUCGCGUGGAUCGUGCUAAUGGGCUACACCGUCACCCUCCUCGUCAUCGCGCUCAUCUCCGCGCGCCGCGGCAAGCCUAUCUGGACGUCCUCCGUGAAGCAGUAUGCGCCCGCCCCGGCGGCGACCGCCCAGCCGGUGAUCUCCCAGCCGGAGUACAAGGCGGACGCCUUCGCGCCCCAGACCGCCCAGCAGCAGCUACUCUACCAGCAGCCACACCAGAACGGUGUGAGCUUCCAGCAGCAGCACCCGCCCCAACCCGCGGCCUCGCCCGUCAGCGUGCCGUCGACAGUUUCGUAUCCCACGCAGCCGUCAUAUCCGCAGGUGUAAGGUUCGGAGUUGUUUCGAAGGGUUGAUUGGGCGUAUUUCCGUGCUUCCUCAACUUCAUCUAUCUAUGAGACGCCUAUCGGUCACUCUACU